AUGUAUGCGACUUUGAGUGGCGCGUUGCGUUCGGAUAGUUUCGGCCUCUCUCGUUACGUGCGCCGUCUGUCCACGAUGGGUGUCAAUCCGUUCGAGUCUCUUCGCAAGCGCCUAGGCGUGACGCCUAAGCAGUACUUCGCGUUGCGCGAGCUGAACGACCCGCGCCUGCUGGAGCUUCCGUAUUCUAUUCGUAUCCUUCUUGAAUCUGCCGUCCGUAACUGCGAUGAGUACUCAACUACCAAGGCUCACGUGGAGAGCAUCCUCGGGUGGAGCGAGACAUCCACCAAACAGACUGAGAUUCCGUUCGUUCCAGCGCGCGUGCUUCUGCAGGAUUUCACUGGCGUGCCUACCAUCGUCGACCUAGCUGCCAUGCGUGAGUUCGUGGCGAGCACUGGUAAGGACCCCAAAUCCAUCAACCCGCUGGUGCCAGUUGAUUUGGUCAUCGAUCACUCCGUACAAGUGGACUUCAGUCGCGACUCUGCGGCGCUCAAGCUGAACCAGGAGACUGAGAUGAACAGGAACUCUGAGCGUUUCCGCUUUUUGAAGUGGGGUGCGCAGACGUUCGAGAACACGCUCAUCAUCCCCCCCGGUUCCGGUAUUGUCCACCAGGUAAACUUGGAAUUCUUGGCUCGUUCUAUUUUUGACCGUGAUGGCCUUCUCUACCCCGACUCCGUGGUGGGCACCGACUCCCACACCACCAUGAUUAACGGUUUGGGUGUUCUCGGCUGGGGUGUUGGCGGUAUCGAGGCCGAGGCUACCAUGCUUGGCCAGCCCAUUUCCAUGGUGCUGCCUCAAGUGGUCGGUUUCGAGUUGGUUGGCAAGCCUGACCCGGAUGUGUUUUCCACCGACAUUGUUUUGGCCAUCACUUCGGUUCUCCGUUCUGGUGCUGGCGUGGUAGGCAAGUUUGUGGAGUUCGUGGGCGAGGGUGUGCAGCACCUUUCACUCGCCGACCGUGCGACCAUUGCCAACAUGGCCCCCGAGUAUGGUGCGACCAUGGGUUUCUUCCCCAUCGACGGCUUGACCCUUGAGUACCUCACUCAAACGGGUCGCCCUACGGAAAAGGUCGAGUUGUUGGACAUGUACGCGAGGGAGAACUGCCUUCACGCGGGUGUUGGCGACAGCACGCGUAUCAAGUACUCCUCCACCGUACGUCUCGACUUGAGCACCUUGCGGCCAUCGAUUGCCGGUCCGAAGCGCCCCCAGGACAACAUCCUGGUGGCCAGCGUGAAGAACAAGUUCGACGAGCUGUUGACGUCUAAGGAUGGCAAGGGUUACGCUGUGGACGCCGGUUCGCGUCUUAGUGAGUUCACGUACAAGGGCCGUAACUACACGCUCGACCACGGCUCUGUUGUUAUUGCGAGCAUCACGUCGUGCACUAACACCAGCAACCCUAGCGUGAUGCUGGCUGCCGGCAUGUUGGCCAAGAACGCUGUUGAGCACGGUUUGGAGGUUGCCCCCUACAUUAAGACAUCCCUGUCUCCCGGCUCCAAGACGGUCACCCGUUACCUUGAGUUGAGCGGUUUGAUCGAACCAUUCGAGAAGCUUGGUUUCUACAACGCCGGUUACGGUUGCAUGACUUGCAUCGGUAACAGUGGCGAGCUGGACUCCGAGGUCGCCGAAUGCAUCACCGAGAACGGCUUGGUUGUCUGCUCCGUAUUAUCGGGCAACCGUAACUUCGAAGGUCGCGUCCACCCACACACGCGCGCGAACUUCCUGGCCUCACCUCCACUGGUCAUAGCGUACGCGCUGGCUGGCCGCAUGAACAUCGACCUGGUGACAGAGCCUCUGGGCGUGAGCUCCAAGACCGGGGAACCCGUUUUCUUCCGCGACCUGCUUCCGACCAAAUCCGAGAUCGCCAGCUUCGAACAGCGCUUCCUGAAGCCGGAGCUUUUCAAAGAGGUGUACGCCAAUAUCACCCACGGCAGUGACGCCUGGCGCGCACUGGAGGCCCCUCGUGCCGAGCUCUACCCCUGGGACCCAUCCUCCACGUACAUCCACCACCCUCCGUAUUUCCAGAACAUGGACGCUCCACGUGAAAGCAGCAUCUCCGACGCCCGCGUCCUCUUGCUUCUAGGCGACUCCAUUACCACCGACCACAUCUCUCCUGCUGGUAACAUCGCGAAGACAUCUGCAGCUGCCCAAUUCCUGCUUUCUCGCGGCGUCGAGUCCAAGGACUUCAACUCAUACGGUUCCCGUCGCGGCAACGACGAGGUUAUGGUCCGCGGCACUUUCGCGAACAUCCGCCUGUCCAACCUGCUGUGCCCCAACCAGGGCCCCAAGACUGUGCACCACCCGACCGGCGAGGUUAUGAGCGUGUUCGAGGCCUCUGAGCGUUACCGCGCUGAGGGCACAAGUCUGGUAGUGGUUGCUGGAAAGGAGUACGGCACUGGUAGUUCGCGUGACUGGGCUGCCAAGGGCCCUGCGCUUCUGGGCGUUCGCGCCAUCAUCGCCGAGUCGUUCGAGCGCAUCCACCGCACCAACUUGGUCGGUUGCGGCAUUCUACCGCUCCAGUUCCUUCCAGGCGAGAGUGCUUCUUCGUUGGGCAUUACAGGCCGCGAGAAGUUUACUAUCACCGACAUCGACCGCGUGACCCCCGGCUGCAUGGUACGCGUAUCGUGCGACACCGGCCUGUCCUUCGACGUUCGUUGUCGUAUCGACACCGCCCUGGAGCAGCAGUACUUCGCGCACGGCGGUAGGCAGCGCGGUGGUAGCCCACCCCGCCAGCCACAUGGGCGCGAGCGCCGUCUUGGCAUACGGCCCGUGCAUGUUGGCGUAGUUUCUGAACAUGAAGAGCUCGUGCGCCUGCGGCUUGAUAUGGGUCGAGGUGAGCAUGCACAAUGGCUUGGGCCUCGAGCACAUGAAAUCGGUGCCCAGUAUCUCGAUCCACGACUUGACGUAGUCGCUGCCGUGCGCGUGGUCGAACAUGAGCCCGUAGGUGAGCGAGUGCGGCCACUUGAACAGUUGCGAUAUGAUGCUCUGCCACUGCAGCUUGAGCUCCCUUGCCGAGUACCCCUUGAGCAGGCAGAGCGCCAGGAGCGCACCUGA